CAUAAACUAAUUUGGAAUUGUUGUCAAAAGUGCGAGGCAGUUUUUGUUGCCUUUGUGAUUUUUUGUGUUCUUUUUUUGGCUGCUGGAGCUGAUGUUGCUGAAAAAAUGGAUCCAAAGCAGCAGGAUCAGAGUCAAAAACCGGGAGGUCAUGACGCGCAGAAUGAGCCGCUGACCAUAAUUCAGUCCAUGACAUCUUUCUACGUCUAUAAUCCCUACGAGAAAAGGAGUGUGGAGGUGCCCUUGACUAACUGCGAUGCUUUCAUUUCCCUGCUAAAAUGCGUGAUUGGCACGGGGAUCCUGGCGAUGCCGCUGGCCUUCCGAUGCUCGGGAUUCGUGGUGGGUUCCGUGAUGUCCAUCCUACUGAUGAUCCUCCUGACGUACUCCAUCCACUUGCUGUGCCAACAGAUCGCUGGCAUGACGGAGUGCUGUCGGAGGCGGCAGGUUCCCCAAGUCUCCAUGCCUGAAGCCGUGAGAAUCGCCUAUGAGGAGGGUCCCAAAUGGGUCCAUUGUUUUGGACGAACUGCCGGUUUUUUAACCACCUGCGUUCUGGUCUUCGGGCAGUUCCUUUUGUGCACUGUUUAUCUGGUUUUCGUGGCCAAGAACUUCAAGGAGAUCGGCGAUCACUAUGGAGAGCGGUACAAUGAGCGGUAUUAUGUGCUGGGCGCCUGUUUGAUCCUACUGCCGCUCUUUAUGAUCCGCCGGUUAAAGUACCUGGUGCCCUUGAACUUGGUCUCCAACUUCCUGCUAUAUGCGGGAUUUGCCCUAAUAAUGUACUAUCUGUUCAGCGGUCUUCCCGAUAUCAAUAAUCGUGAGUUGGCUACGCCCCCUGCCGAAUGGAUUGAGUUCUUUGCCAUCGCUGCCUUCUCGCUAACAGCUGUGGGUUCAAUGCUCGUUGUGGAGGCUCAUAUGGCGCACCCGCAAAGCUACUUGGGCAUAUUUGGAGUUUUAAACCUGGCAGUUUUCUUCAUCCUGAUUUCAAAUAUGUUCUUUGGCAUUAUGGGCUAUUGGCGGUUCGGAGAAAGUGUCCAUGCUAGUAUUACCCUCAACAUUCCGAAGAACGAAAUCCUUUCUCAGAUCAUAAAAGUCUUCAUAGCCUCUGGAAUAUUUCUCAGUUAUCCCCUAAAUGGGUUUGUAGUGAUCACUGUGAUCUUUAGCGACUACAAAAAUUCUACUGAGAGGAGAAAGCAUCAGACGUUGAUUGAGUAUAUAGUUCGGUUAGCGUUUCUGAUUCUCACAGGUGCUGUGGCUGUGGGUGUGCCAAAUCUAGCGGCUCUCACUGAAUUGGAGGGGGCUUUUUCGCUGAGCAACCUGAACCUACUAUGUCCGGCUUUAAUCGAUGUGUUCCUCAAUUAUAGCAAAGGAUAUGGCUGGCUGAUGUGGAAGCUGAUUCGCGACAUAGUGCUCAUCCUGAUAGGUCUUAUUUUCGGGACAGUGGGAUGCACGGUGGCCAUGAUUCAGCUGAUCCACGACUUUCGUACGACGCUCAGCAAUAUGUAGGGAAAAUCCAUUUUUGUUUGGGUUUUUUCCCAGCC